AUGAGCUUCUUCAAAAUCGAUGCCCUUCCUAUAGUCAAGACUAGAAGGGCCCUGUUGAUGCUGGACUUCCAGAACGACUUCGUCCGUCCAUCCGGGGCCCUUCAUGUUCCCAAUACUCCAGACAUACUCGAGACAUUACCCUCACUAGCUGCCGCAUUUCGCAAAGUUGGUGAUGUGGUUUGGGUCCGCUCACAAUAUGAAUCUCCAGUGCCGUUCUAUGAUUGGAAUUCUGGGGACCGUAUUGUCUUGGAUAGGGAGGCCACAAAACCACCCUCACCUCCACCCCCCUCGGAUGUGAUCGAGGUGGGUUCGGAUCGCGAUUCCCCUGAGCCUGUUGAUAUGGAGGCCUUUCUCUCCGGACAAACUGCUGUUUGCUGCGCUGCGCAGAGCCCUGGAUUUCAAUUUCCGGCCCCGAUACUUGCCGCAAUCGAUCAAGAACAAGACAUACUGUUGGUAAAAACAAGGUAUUCCGCAUUAGAGUCAAGGGAUUUGAUGCAAUACUUUCGGACUCGUUUUGUGACCGAACUGUACCUAUGUGGCUCGCUUUCUAACGUGUCCGUGUACGCUACCGCGUUGGAUGCCGGGCCAAAUUGCUUCACGGUGACACUGAUCGAGGACUGCUUGGGGUACCGUGACUGGGACCGCCACAAAGAAGCAAUGCGACGCAUGGCAGAUCAGUUCGGCGCAACUGGUCUCACGGCAGAUGAGCUCCUGCAGGAACUUGACUGGCACAUGACAGAUGUCAUUGCUGAGGCUCCACAGGCGGCCAGACGGCCACCGGAUUCCUCAUUGGGCUUGGAGAAUAUAAUUGAGAUGAUGGACGUUCAGACGGAGAACUCGCCAGUUCAGACAGAUAAAUCGCCAGAAUCACCAGGUAGAGACGAUGAAAUCAGCAUUUCGGCCCUCGCCUCUCAAUUUCGAGCCCAGUAUAGCAGUGCUGGUGGCAAGCGAGCUCCUGUAAAAAUAAAAGCCAGAGUGCAUGGCCGAAAACGCCGGCCUGACGCUGAAAAAGAAGCAGCUCGUCCUCGUGGUAUUGGCGAAGGUGACUCGCGACUCGUGAACGAAAUUGAUAUAUCCACUGACGCGUUUCAGCGCAUCCGCCAGGAGGUGUCAUGGCAGAAAAUGUAUCACCUGUCAGGCGCAGUGCCGAGAUUGGUAGCAGUGCAAGGCCACGUGAAAUCUGAUGGUACCAUUCCUAUUUACCGACACCCAGCGGAUGAGUCUCCGCCGCUGAAGGACUUUACCACUACCGUUGAUCAAGUACGUUCGGUGAUCGAACGGGUUGUAGGUCAUCCACUGAACCACGCCCUUAUCCAAUUGUACCGUGAUGGACAGGAUUCCAUCUCUGAACACUCGGACAAAACUUUGGAUAUUGUACGGGGCUCUUUCAUUUGUAAUGUGAGCCUGGGUGCUCAACGUAUAAUGACCCUUCGCACAAAGAAGUCUGCCUCCGAGCAACGCGAGGACACGGAAUCAAGCCGUACUACACAGCACAUCCCUCUGCCCCAUCAAUCUCUUUUCAUUCUCGGCGAGAAAACCAAUAUGCGCUGGCUGCAUUCUAUUCGUCCCGACAAACGCCCAAACUCCCAAAAAUCUCCGGAAGAACUAGCAUUCGGCGGUGAACGUAUUUCCCUCACUUUUAGGCACAUUGGUACCUAUCUGAAUACGCAAGCAGGUACCAUCUGGGGCCAAGGUGCAGUAGGAAAGACGCAAGGCAUGGCCCGACCAGUGAUUCAUGGAGAACCAACUGCGACCGAACAGUUGAUUCUCGCAUUUGGUCAGGAAAACAAGGCCAGUGAAUUUGAUCGGAAUGCAGUAUAUGGCGGAGGAUUUGAUGUAGUGAAUUUUGUCACUGCAUCCACGGCUCGACUGGUACUCAGUGGAGAUCCUCUGGCGAAUCUACGAGUUCGCCUUGCCCUGGGGGAAAAUGGUCUUCGAUAUGAUAUUCUCACACCUUAUGAUGACAUUCGGCCUCAGCUGCCAGUAUACAUCGACUCUGAUGGAACUUCCACUACCGGGGAUGUGGCUAUCCUGAUGCAUCUGGCUCAACGACGUGCCGAAACUACAAGACCAGGUGUCUAUCUCUUGCAAGGCGUUAGCUAUCUCUCACUGAUCGAGGACCUGUUCACAUGCUGGCGCAAACAUCUCGCUCAUACCCCGAGUGUACCGUUUGAGUAUGGAUUCAGUCAAUUUGAGAAUGGCCUGGAGGGACAGCAUUAUCUUGGAGGAACGGCACUAAGCAUUGAUGACUGUGCUCUUUGGCCAGUCCUGCAUGAAAUAAUGCAGGUCCAAGGGGCCGUGCAUGCUCAAUUCGUGAAUUUGAACCAGUAUUACCACCGAGUUGAGAAUCGAGGCAUUGUCCGUGCCGUCUUGGAAGAUUCUUAA